GGUAGUGUUAGUAGUGUAGGCAGCUUACUGUUGCCUCUAAACUACACAUGGUAUCUUCUUCUCUCUGUUCGACAAGCAGGAAAUAUAGACAAGCAAGCAUAAACGAUAGAACAUUGCCUGUGUCUAAUUUUCAUCUUUCUAAGAGGUAGCCCGCCGCGGUCAUAGUGUUGUGGGUAGCAAAACUCACGAGUGUGUGGACCGAGACUGGUGGUGCUAACGUGCCGCCUCACAGGAACUAAUUGAGUUGUCUUGAGACGGUCGUUGUAGAGAACUGUCACACUCGUCCUGUGAAGCGUCUGCCGUGUCCUCUCCACACUCUUGUCGUCGGUGUGAAAUUACAGAUCGUGGAUGAGAUAUCGAAGUGCUCUGUGUAGAAGUUCGAAAAUUUGUCCACUUUCGCGGUGAAGUAAACUGUUAAUUAUUAUUUGUGAACAGUGUAAAAAAAAAACAAUAUGUCAUUUAGGGAGACAAAUUUAUAAUUCGAGGUUUUCAACUUGUGAGCUUGGUGACGGAAGUGUUUCAAAGCCUUAGUACUUUUUGCCUGUGGCUCAUUACGGGACAAUUUCUACCAGUUUAGAUUGUGGUACCAUGGAAACUUGUCAAAAACUGAAAAAACUAAUUAAAAGUGAUUUUAAAGAUAAUUAUGGAAUUAUAUGUCGGUCAUAGACCGUGGUUGUGCGAAGAACCAACGCUAACCUCUUCCCUACAGGAUAGAAAAGUUUCCGCGGUGCCGUCAGCAAUGCCCCUUGGCUUAGGAUCGGCUUUUGCAACGCUACCGCCGCCGCCACCUCUGCCUGAACUGCGACUUCACCACCACGACACUUCGCGCUACCUCUGGGACGCUCCCCGCCUACUGCCGCACCAUCCACAUCCCGCUGCCGGGCUUGUAGGAGUGAGCAGCGCACCGAGCCUCGACCUCCCCUUACUCGGAGGCUCGGGAGGGCGGCUCGGAGCUUCUCCCCUCGGUGCCUCUCCCUUGGGGGCUUCACCUUUGGGUUCUUCCCCUCUGGGAACCUCUGCCCUCGGUGCCACCACCCUCGGAGUGUCAAGCUUGGCACUCAGCGGGGACCCGCAUCAUCCAUAUCGCAUCACGCCGUAUAUGGAACAUCUUUAUCACUCACUACACACAUCGCCUCAAACUUCCCUCAGAGGAUUAUCUCCACUUGAAGCUCGUGUAGGCAGCGACUACCUCGGGAUGAGCGGCCUUGCAGCGACACGUCUCAGCGACUCCCACCUCGUACCGUCCACCCUCACCUCCGCCGACCUCUCCUUCUCCAUCGAUGGAUCUCGGCUGGCGUCUCCGCGGCCCAGCUUGCGGCAGAGUCGCAAGAGGGCGCUGUCGUCGAGCCCCUACAGCGACUCCUUCGAUCUCAAUUCGAUGAUUCGCUUCAGCCCAAACUCGCUCGUUUCUAUAAUGAACGCCUCCAGAACCUCCUCUGCUAGCGGGUCGUAUGGACAUUUAUCUGCUGGCGCAAUAUCCCCGAGCCUGGGAGUUCACCCGUCUGUUGGGGCAGCUACGACUCACCUGCAGCAGUUGCAAGCCCAUCUCAUGAGGGGAGCUUCUCUCCCCAGCUCCCCUUUCCUCGCCCCUUCUCCUCUCCUGCAACAUUCCCCAUCAUCCCUCACGCCUCAUCAGUCUCUGUUCUUACCCCACCAACAACUGCAGCCUUCUUCUCUUGCAUCCACCGUGGCGCAGAGCAAAACAGAGAGUGAGAAGAAAGACUCCAGCUCCCGCCAUGGCGACGAAGAAAAGAACGGCAUCUCUAAGAACAAUUCGAAGGACACGAACGGCCUGAUGAGCAACGGUGGCAGCAACGGUCCUCCUGUGAGCAGAGCUGGUGGACAGGCCAUCAACGGUGGUCAGUCCGCGGCUGCGAUGGCCGCAGCAGCGGCCGACGAUGACGGACUGAAGGAAGAACCUCCAGACUUCAUUGAGACGCACUGUCACUGGAAGGACUGCAAUAAAGAGUUCAACACGCCUGAUGAGCUCGUCAAACAUAUCAACAGUGACCACAUCCAUGCGAACAAGAAAUCUUUCGUGUGCCGCUGGAAGGAAUGUUCUCGCACCGAGAAGCCGUUCAAGGCGCAGUACAUGCUUGUGGUGCACAUGAGGCGACACACUGGCGAAAAACCACACAAAUGUACCUUCGAAGGCUGUUUCAAGGCAUACUCGAGGCUGGAGAACCUCAAGACGCACCUACGUUCACACACGGGAGAAAAGCCGUACAUGUGCGAGUUCCCAGGCUGCACCAAAGCCUUCUCCAACGCUUCGGACCGCGCCAAGCAUCAAAACCGCACCCAUUCUAAUGAAAAACCGUACGUGUGUAAAGCUCCCGGCUGCACUAAACGCUACACGGAUCCUUCGUCGCUACGGAAGCACGUGAAGACGGUGCACGGCGCUGAAUUUUACGCCUCGAAAAAACACAAAGGCAACGAUCAUCCGAACGGCAGCGCGGGCGGACCGGGCGGCGGAAGCGGAGGAGGGAAAGACGUCGGGCAGCCGGACGGCUCGCCUCACUCCGACAACGGCAAGGCUGGGUCCAUGUCUAGUCCGUCCGUCAAGUCCGAGGAGGCUACGUCGCCGGGAGACCAACACAGCCCCGAAAACAUAGUCGGGGGUGUCACUCCGAUGGAUCAAAGCAGACUCGAUAUUCCUCUUGGAGAUGGAACUCUGUCAUCGGGAGGCAGAUACGAAUCACGCCUCGGUAUUGAUGGGUGGGACGUUCCUGAAGACGAUUUGGACUCUAGUAUCGAUAUUCCUGUGGGCUUGGGUGGCUCAAUGAAUGGUGGUAAUGGACUAUCUGUUGGUGUAGCCGUACACGACAGAGCCACGAGAUAUCGCCCUAUGAAAGGAAGAAUGCAGGCAAAAGGAUUCGUUAAUAUGCUACCAAACAUGCCAGGCAUCCCGCGUCGACUCAAUGGAAUGAACGCUGACGUUGACUUCGGGCAGCGUUUACCUGAUCCCAAGAUGGCAUCCGUCGCGAAUAUGCAACAGAACAGAAAAAACACCGUAGAUUUUAGAUCAGGACAAACUGUUGUUAAUAAUAGACGUGACUCUUCGUCCACUGUAAGCACAGGAUAUUUCAGCAUGCAGAGCCCUAACAGUCGAAGAGCAAGCGAGCUGUCACAAACAUCAUGUUUGUCCGGCAGACAGGGUGUUAUGUCGUCGCCCUAUGAUCACAUAUCUAUCGGGUCUUCGAGAAGAUCGUCUGAAAAUUCAAAUUAUAAUUUCUCUAGUAUGGGACCGCAAAUGUUCAGACCUAACCAACGAGGAAUGUGUGGAAAUGAGAUCUACAACACUUCUAAUUUGGUUGUACAGACCCAGAACAUGUCGCUGAGUCAAGACAACUUGUCAGACUCACAGAACUGGAAUACCACGAUGGGCCCAACAAUGGGCAACAGCAUGUCUGCUGGCAUGGCGGCAUCAAACGUACCUGACGGCAGUCAGUUUGGUUAUCCAGGACCCAUGGGGCCAGUUUGCUACGGCAACAUCAGUAGAGACAUGAGCACACGCAGGGCCUCAGAUCCCGUGAAGCCUGUUGAUCGACCAGCCAGAGGCAACGGGCGUCUGCAAAGAACCAACAGCUACACCAAUUUCUCCCACGCCUCCGUUAUGCGCCCUAUAAAUCACAGCCAUCCUAACCAAGGGCUCCAGCUCGAUCAAGUGGGAGAUGACGAACCGAUUGAAAACAAACUUAUCCUUCCUGACGACAUGGUCAACUACCUCAACCAGAAGGAGAAAGACAGCAAACUGAGUCUUAAAACUGAGGAAUGCGAUGCAAAUGGAGUGACUGGUUCAGUAGCUGUUGGAUGCACCGCAAUGCCAAGCCCUGCUUAUUCCAAUCAACCUGUCAAUAGCCCCGCUUAUUCCAAUCAAAAUAUGAACAGUCCAGCGUAUAACGGCACUGCAAUCAAUAGUCCAGCAUAUACCAACCAGCCUGUAAAUAGUCCUGCCUACUCACAAACUCCAAGUACUCCUCAAGCGUAUCCUAGUAUAGCAUCCCCUACCACUCCGUACCAGUACGGUGCCACUCACAACUUGGGCUACUCAGCUGCCCCAUCACCUGCCUUACCACAGCACCCCAAUUUCCCAGGACAGAACCUUGGGUCACCUGCUGCAGGAGCUCAGGCUCAUUAUAACACCCCAAUGCCUUCCCCAGCUCCUUCUGCUGCGACCUACACUCCCGCUCCUCCAGCGUACGCCCAGGGCCAAAACGGAACGCAAGCGCAGAAUUUCAUGCCACCUCAUCCUAUGCAUCCUAAUCAGCAAAGCUUCACAGCGUUUAACCAUCAGCAGGCCAUGGUUCAUCAACAAAUGUUCAAUCAAAUGAUCUCUCAUCAACAGCAGAUGAUGCAUCAUCAUCAGCAAAGAUAUUCGACUAGCUCCUAUAAUAUGGGCGUCAGUGGAUACCCUCAACAUGUAUGUGGACAUUUUGGGUCUAUGCAUUCGCCUCCUGCUGCUCUACAAAUGCCGUGCCCCUCUUGCCAAGGACGAGGCGUCAACGAUCUUUCUUAUACCCAAAACAAUGGCAAUUGGCAGAAUAAUGGAAUGAGCGUAAAUUCUAACUAUCAACAUACGUAUAAUCAUAUGAAUGGGGUUUACAACCAUAACUAUAAUUACAUGAAUUACAACGGUGUUCAUAACAUGGGACAAAAUCUGACUAAUUGUGGCCAGCCUCCUCGCGAUAUUCAAUGUGGGGAUGUGAGUCAAUCGUCCCAACCGAAAUCCAAACCUAAAUCUCCUAACAAUGUUGCAAACGUAACGUCGGGUGCCGCUAAACCCUGUGUUCCAAGUGGCAAACCUAAAUCCCAAAAAGACCACAGCAACGAAAGAUUAUCCAACUGUACAAAUAACGUCGCAACUUCAUCUCCUGACGACCGUAAGCUAGAAUGUCCAGUACAAGUUGAUCAAAUAGCAAAAACACAAGCCGAGGUUAUAUUACCGAAUGGCACAGAUAGUGCUAGUGAUAGUAAAAACAACUACAUGAAACAAGACACUUAUCAAAGAACUUUGGAAUACGUACAGCAGUGCCAGAGCUGGAACACGACUGUAAUCAAAGAGGAGGUGAGCAGCACCACGGACCAGAAACCUAGCGUGACCACGAACGACGCGCCCUCAGGUUAUGUUCUGCCAACGGCCUCUGUGACGAUGGCUCCUGAUGCUUCUGCGACGUUCUCAUCCUCAACAGUUGUUGCUCCUGUUUAUGACACUGAUAAUUUUCUAACGCCUUUGCCUGCGUCUAUAGUAGACACACCAAAUAUGGUACUUAACAAUCUCACGUCGUCUCUUAAUUCGUUACAGCAGGAAAACAAGUUUCUUCAAAUGUUGCAGUAGUAUAAUAUUUUUAAUAAUAUACCGGAAACGUGUAUUAUAUUGACCAUUUAUGUCUGUGAUGAUAUUGUAAAUAUUGUUUGAUAUGUUUUUUACUUUUUUGAUCAACAGUGAG